AUGUCUCAGAAACGUUUUGUGAGCGAUCAACAGCCUGCUCUAAGCCAAUAUGCCUCGACUGGAGCUUGCAGUGCUUUUGGCAAACUGGCUCACCCCGAUGAAGAUUGGACAAAGCUUUCGGACCUGGCAGCCCGUCGGAGAGUCCAGAAUCGAAUCGCUCAAAGAAAUUACCGUAAUAAAAUGAAACAUAAAAAGAAGAGCCUCGAUGGCAGUGGCACCUCGUAUUCAGCAGAAAGCGCUCGACAUAAUAUCUCUUGCGACAGUAAAGACAAUGUUGAUCUGCCUUUGACACAGGAGAUCAAUGACAGGGCCACUUUCCAUCAUAUUACUAUACAAUCACAGACAUUCGCCUAUCAAGCAUGCACUGCUCCAUCGUCAAAUGGGAUACCCUUGGUUCCGCCUCUUGCUCCAGUGGUAACAACUGCCUAUACCAUUUGCAAGAUCGAUCAUGUGCCAAAUAUCCAGCAAGGAUGA